GUUCAUCCAACGUUCCUCAUUUACCGCCCCAUCCUCUAUUUCUCUCUCUAAAAACUCUCUCUCUCUAAAAACUCUCUUCCCUUCAAAGCCACGAAUCAAUAAAUCUGAGAGAGACACACAGCUUCACUUUUAGAUCUCUCUGUUCGACCCAAUCUGAGAGAUCUCUCUCAUAUUGUCUUUUUAGCUUCGCUCUCCUUUUCUUCACUUUCGUUUGUGGAUCAACAACCCCUAUCUCAUAUUUCAGUGCUUUCUCUUUGUCAUAUUACCAACCAUCAUGUGGAGAUUCAAACAGUUCAUGCCUAAAGAACCAACUGGGCUUGAAGGCCGCACCAUUGACAUUGGCAAUCUGAAAGUUCAGGUUCGCAAUGCCAUCGCCGAGGGUGGUUUCUCUUGUGUUUACUUAGCUCGAGAUGUGAUACAUGGUUCAAAGCAGUAUGCUUUGAAGCACAUGAUUUGUAAUGAUGAGGAAUCUUUGGAACUGGUGACGAAGGAAAUUUCUGUGAUGAAAUCGCUUAGAGGACACCCUAACAUUGUCACACUUUGUGCCCACACCAUCUUUGAUAUGGGACGGACGAAGGAAGCACUUCUUGUAAUGGAAUUCUGUGAGAAGUCUCUGGUUAAUGUGCUGGAGAGCAGAGGAUCUGGGUAUUUUGAGGAGAAGCAAAUCUUUGUAAUUUUUAGGGAUGUAUGUAAUGCAGUCUUUGCAAUGCAUUGUCAGUCUCCACCCAUUGCUCACCGAGACUUGAAGGCCGAGAAUCUUUUGCUGGGGUCUGAUGGACUAUGGAAGUUGUGUGAUUUUGGAAGUACCUCUACCAAUCACAAGCGCUUUGAGAAGGCUGAAGAAAUGGGCAUUGAAGAAGACAAUAUCAGGAAGCACACAACACCUGCCUAUAGAGCCCCUGAGAUGUGGGAUUUGUUCCGGAGAGAAAUUAUAAAUGAGAAAGUAGAUAUUUGGGCCCUUGGGUGCCUCCUCUUUCGCAUAUGCUACUUCAAGUCCGCAUUUGAUGGUGAAUCGAAGCUUCAAGUUUUAAAUGGGAACUACCGCAUUCCAGAAUUACCAAAAUACAGUUCGAUUAUUACCGACUUAAUCAGAGAUAUGCUUGAAUCUUCACCAGAUGCCAGACCAGACAUCACGCAGGUUUGGUUUCGUGUUAAUGGUUUAUUACCAGACGGGUUGCAGAAGUCGUUACCUGACAGGCCACCGGAAAUGCACCAACAAGGUACUGAUGUGCAUGAAGCAGGCAUUUCGAAGCCUACAAAUAAGACUCAUCAAAUGCCUCGUAGAAGUCCGCCAGCCCCUCCAUCUGCAGAACCUACUCGGAAUGUAUCUCCACCAUCACUUAGUUCCAGGCCAGGUGGAGGUGGGGCGCCACUUGGUGCUUUCUGGUCCUCUCAGCAUGCAAAGGACACACUUUUUACAGAGGACAAGGAUGGGCCCAAAUUUGAUGAAGAACCAGGCAGCCAUAGUAGCCCGCUAAAAGAGGAAAAUAUCCACCCCCAUCCCGUCCAGAAAAAGGUGCAUGGAAAAGCAGUCAACAGAUCUGAGAAUGAUCCUUCAAAAGACUUUGAAAUAAAACUUUCCCGGGAUGAAUUAGACCGUGGUACCGGAAGGCCAAAAGCAUCAAAAUCAGAGAGCACGACUGCUUUCCAAAAUGAAACUUUCAACACUUUUGUUGCGGAAUUUGAUACCGAUAAACUCAGCCACGGAUUGAACAGUAAGAAAUCAGGGAAUGAAGUAAUGUUAGAGGCUGAAGUUGAAAGGCUUAAAGAACAGCUGAAACAAGCUAAUACAGAGAAGGCUGAAAUAACUUCCAAAUAUGAAAAACUAUCUUCCAUUUGCCGAUCUCAGCGUCAGGAGAUACAAGAGCUUAAGCAAACUGUUGCUGCUAGAACUCCAUCACCAAAUAGAGAUGCUUCACAAAACCAAGCUUCUCCUGGGUUUCAAUCAUCUCCCAACCCACCGCAGGAGAAAAUUGAAGGUACGGUUUGGGAACUCCAACAAGGAUUAUUUGGUACGAGUUCCCCAAGCCAGGAUUCCAAGCCAUGGCAAGCUUUUGCUGAAGAUCCUAAGUCACAGACAACUGCGAUGAACUACACUCCCAAGUCUGUUAGAACGAGGAAUGGUCAGCAGAACAAACAGGCUGCUGGAGUGACUUCAGGCACCGACAACACUUGGGGUUUUGGUACAGAAAGUUUUACAGCAAUUCCUACUGCCACAUCUCAGAUAUCCAGACCAAUUAGUGAUUUGAAAAAUUCUCAACGAAUCAGUGAGUCUAAGAAUAUAGAGAGCAAGUCAGCUUCGCAGCCUGCUGGAUGGUCUGGUUUCUAAAUGUAUGCCAUCCAUGGAAGAUCCAGGUACUCGGUGUGUAUUUUACCCACAUAAUUUUAUCUUCUUCGUCUACUGGCUGAAAGGAUGAGAAUAGGGAGAAACAGAAAGAAAGAAUACAUGCCUUUCACGGGCUUGUUUUGUUUGUUUUGUGCCAUUGAAUAUUUGUCUUCUGUAGAGUUGGUUAUGGAAUAUAACAUUUGACAUUACAUGGGCUUCUCUGAAUCUGAAUCUGAAUCGAUCAGUGCCUUGUAAGUGUACACAUCUGCGUGUUCCAUGCUUUAUAAAAUAAUGUUGUAUUUUUUUGCUGCU